AUGGACCCGGCCGGCCUUGCUGUCGCGCUGACAGUUGUGGCGGCCCAGCUCACAGUAAAGAUGAGGGCGUUCAAGAUGAGAAUGAACGAUCGCCCAACAAUAAUCGACGGGUUGCUAGAUUAUUGUAGAAUGGUCAAGGACGAUUCUGAAAUGAUUGCCGUGCAAGCAGAACGAAUACAAGGAGUCACAGACCCUGCCUUCCACGGACGUGGUAGCCCACUACACGUAUUAUGCGCCAGGCUGAACGGCUUGGCUAGACUAUUAGAAGACUUCAACGAAGAGCUCGGGGAAAUUACCAAGACAAGUGCUACCACCCUCCUGGGACGGGCAAUCUUGCAGAUCGGAACAGACGAUGCGCUCCCUAGAAUUAAAAGUGUCCAGGAGAGAAUAGAGCAAUAUUUCCACAGCAUCCUGCGCUCGAUGCAAUGUAUCCAAAUGGCACUGCAGGAGCCACAUGGGCAACAUCGCCGUCCCAGUUCGGCUUCAACAGUUCUGUCUGGCGUUCCCACCCCACCCCCUUCUCCGAUCUAUACGGACUAUCAGAUAUCAUCGCGCACCAGAAAGUUUUCAAGUACCUCCAGCAUAAGCCAAACAUCAGACAUCGAGAAAGCGACGCGAAACUUGGACAUACAGCUGGUGGAGCGGCUUCUGAACGAAGAUGUCACUGGCAGCCUGGUCGAAACAACCGACACUCAUGGUCGGACUCUGGUCGACAUCGCCAUUAGCCAGGGAAAAAGCACGCAUCCAUCGCAAGUUCCUCUGGUGAAGCUGUUGAAAGAGCGAGGCGUGAAGUUCACAUUAAAAGACGAUCGUAACCGGAGGAUGUAUCAUGAGAUUGUGAAUGCAAUUCGGCUUCAGUCAAGAAGAAAGGGGUGA